AUUUUUAUGAAAACAAAAGCUGAGGGCAAUUCAAAUCAGGCUACCCGACCAAAACAUCCCAGCUUUAAGCUUCGCCGGCACUCCUUGUCCCAACUCCCGACCCCUGCUCAAUACCUACUCCUUUCCCGCCAUUUCAGAGACCUUCCUUCACAAUCCCCACUCCCACACCCCCACUCCCACUCCCACUCCCACGCUCUCUCCCCCCUCUCCCCCUUGCUUGCGCAGCUCAGUGGAUGUUGUCACUACGUUCAUGCAGUAACUGUUUAUGCCACGCCACUCUCUCUCGCCAUUCCAGACUGUCUUCUCUCUCCUUCCCUCGCUUCCUUUCUCUCCUCCCCCUGAAAUCCCUCUUUUCCUCAAACCCUAAUCCUGCAAUGUCCGCUCGCCCCUCCGCCUUCGAUGCUCUCAUGUCCAAUGCUCGAGCUGCUGCUGCCAAGAAGAAGCCCCAAACUUCCUCGCCCAGCAAACGCAAAGCCUCAGUAUUAAAUGGCUCCCAAACUGGUCCCCAAAACCCUAAUUCCAACCAGGAUGAUGGAGUCUUGCUGCAAGUCCAGCAAAACGUUAGAGGUUCCCAAAACCCUGGUACGGUGCUGCCCGACGAGGCAUCGGAGGCUAAGAAGCUGCGCAGGUUGAGUGUCGACCAAUGCAUUGCUCAAUUGAAGAAGAAGGCGGCGGAUUUUGACCCGAGUGCGGCUGCCUAUUGGAAGGAGAAGGAGAAACGAGUUCCAUUUUUGUUUCUUGCUCGGGCUUUUGAUAUGAUAUCUCAGGAGUCGGGGCGGAUUGUGAUCACGGAUAUUACUUGUAAUCUUUUAAGGACUGUGAUGCAUGCGACCCCGGAUGAUUUGGUGGCUGUGGUUUAUCUUUCGGGCAAUAGGAUUGCCCCGGCUCAUGAGGGACUGGAACUUGGAAUUGGGGAUGCUUCUAUUAUCAAGGCACUCGCAGAGGCCUGCGGAAGGAAAGAAGCGCAAAUCAAACAGCAGUACAAGGAGAUGGGAGACUUAGGCUCUGUAGCAAAAGCGAGCCGAUCAUCACAAUCUUUGAUGCGCAAGCCAGAUGCAUUAACCGUGUGCAAAGUUUUUGAUACAUUUCGGAUCAUUGCCAAGGAAUCUGGAAAGGAUAGUCAGGAGAAGAAAAAGAAUCAUAUCAAGGCACUCCUUGUUGCAGCCACUGAUUGUGAACCUCAGUAUUUGAUUCGUUUACUUCAGACUAAGUUAAGGAUUGGUUUGGCAGAGCAAACUCUCUUAGCUGCACUGGGACAAGCUGCGGUAUAUAAUGAAAAACAUUCGGCACCACCUCCACAAAUUCAGUCUCCUCUAGAAGAGGCUGCGAAGAUUGUAAAACAAGUUUACUCUGUGCUUCCGGUCUAUGAUAAUAUAGUCAGUUCUCUUCUCAGUGAUGGUGUAUGGAAUCUUCCUACAAAAUGUAGCUUUACGCCGGGGAUCCCUAUUGGGCCCAUGCUUGCAAAACCAACUAAAGGGGUAUCUGAGAUUGUAGACAAAUUCCAGGAUACUGAAUAUACCUGUGAAUACAAGUAUGAUGGAGAACGUGCUCAGAUACACUACAUGGAGAAUGGUAAUGUUGAGAUAUAUAGUCGGAAUGCUGAACGAAAUACUGGAAAGUUUCCUGAUGUUGUCACAGCUGUUCCAAAAUUCAAGAAGGCACAUGUAAAAUCAUUUGUUCUGGACUGCGAAUUUGUUGCGUAUGAUCGUGACAAACAGAGAAUCUUGCCUUUUCAGAUCCUCAGUACUCGUGCACGUAAAAAUGUGGUCAUGAGUGAGAUCAAGGUUCAUGUUUGUAUAUUUGCUUUUGAUAUUUUGUAUCGUGAUGGUCAGCCACUUCUUCAGGAGGAACUUAAUGUUCGUAGAAAGCAUCUUUACGACAUGUUUGAGGAAGAACCUGGAUUUUUUCAGUUUGCAACUGCAAUAACAUCAAAUGAUCUUGAGGAAAUACAAAAAUUUCUUGAAACUGCUGUUGAUUCAAGUUGUGAAGGAUUGAUUAUCAAAACAUUGAACAAAGAUGCUACUUAUGAGCCUUCGAAGCGCUCUCUUAACUGGUUAAAACUCAAGAAAGAUUACAUGGAGAGUAUCGGGGACUCACUUGAUUUGGUACCCAUUGCUGCUUUCCAUGGUCGUGGAAAACGCACAGGUGUUUAUGGGGCCUUUCUCCUUGCUUGCUAUGACAGCAACAAUGAAGAAUUUCAGAGCAUUUGUAAAAUAGGCACUGGAUUUUCGGAAGCUAUGCUUGAAGAGCGUUCUGCUAGUCUUCGUUCUAAAGUGAUUCCCAUGCCAAAGCCAUACUAUCGGUUUGCAGAUACAAUCAAUCCAGAUGUGUGGUUUGAACCUUCUGAGGUUUGGGAGGUGAAAGCUGCAGACUUGACUAUUAGUCCCGUUCAUCGGGCUGCCGUUGGAAUAGUGGAUCGCGACAAGGGCAUUUCUCUCCGUUUUCCACGUCUGGUUCGUGUCCGCGAAGAUAAGAAUCCAGAGCAAGCCACAUUAUCAGAUGAGGUUGCUCAAAUGUAUUCUGCUCAAAAACAUAAUCACCAAAACAUUCAAGAUGAAGAUGAAGAUGACUAGGCUUAGCUAAAUUCUAUCCACCUUCACUCAAUUUUAAGAUGUGAUUCCCCUGGUAAGGAUUAGAAGCAUCAAUUCAGAAGGCGAGUAUGUCUCAAUGUGCAUUUAUGGCUCCGUUCGAGGUCAAUAAUUGAAUGUGCAGCAUGGUGGUCGGCCACUCUGGCACUGCUGCUAGAUGAGACUGACCUGUGGGGUGUGUAAUGUUAAAAUUGUUUGAUGCUGAAAAUUUUCAAAUUUUGACCAUGCGUUACCCAAAGAAUUCUUCCAACCAUCUGUAAAUUAUCAGAAAGUUUGGCGGGUCCAAAUGGUUUAUCACUCGCUUGUCUAAUUUUCCCUUGGAAUCCCUUUGUAAUUGGCAUUAAACUCUUUUAAGACACGAUGCUUCUCCUCUCUAGAUUAAGAAGGGUGCAGUUGAUGAUGA